CCGACACACCUUGACCGGGCCUACAUAAUGCGCCUGUGUUGCAAUAAUUAUCACUUUCUAUCUUCCUCCAACAGUUAAACGCACGAUCAUUCAUCGCCCAUGCUACACACUUUCAGUAGUUGUCUUGUUGCUUGCAAACUUUCUUCCUGCACCUUAACCAAAGCCUGUAGUACGGAUCCAAAGUCCUCAGAUUGCGCUUCUAUUCGAUCACCUGCUCUUCAGGCCACUCAUAUGAAGCUACACACACCUCCUCUUGCGUCACAGGUUUACAGGGCUUUAUACGAUUGCUUGGAUCUGCCUGUGACGAGGGAACAGGGUGUGGAUCGCCCACAGUUCCCUCCGGAGCAAUAUUGGCUAGGCUGGCAGACGGAGAUUGGAGUCCAAUUUGAGCCUCACAGUCGGCUUGAAUCGCGUAGAGUUGUUCCACAGACACCCUCUCUUCAUACCCUGAUAUGCUACUCCUUUGAUCCAGAGCUGGGCGCUGCCCGGUGGUAAUGUGUUCUUCAGCAGUGCCUCGUGGUUACUUCCGGCGCGUGAGUGAUGAGAUGAGUUUCUUGGGCUUGUCGGCGGCUUUGGGUUUCUUCCAUAGUCCAAGCGUAUAGAUCAAUGAUCAGUGCAGAAUUAUCACAACGGGCUGGAGAAGCAAUGAGGCUGGAGCUUC